AUGCCGACCCGCACCAACGCUGCGAGGGACACGAAUCCGAGCGGGACUGGUGCUCCACCACGCGCUCCGUCCAACAGCUAUCGUGACUCGACGCUAAACAUCUUCGCUCUGCUGCUUGCCUUCCGCAUCGUCAACGCACUAACCCUGCGCUCCUUUUUCCAGCCCGACGAGUUCUUCCAGUCCCUCGAACCUGCAUGGCAGCUUGCGUUUGGCCCCGCCAGCAAUGCCUGGAUCACCUGGGAAUGGAGAUCCCAAUUGCGGUCGUCCCUGCAUCCAGCGCUAUUCGCUGCCGUCUAUCGAGUCGCGGCACAUGUUGCUGACUUCUGUGGCUUGACCUUGCCUGCUAAAGCCGAACUACUCCUAGCUGCCCCGAAAGUUACCCAAGCCGUCUCUGCAGCCUUGCUUGAUUGCUACACAUGGAAACUUGCGGAAAAAGUCUACGGUCGUGGCAGUCGCACUGCCCUUACUACUCUUGCAUUGUCUGUCUGCAGCCCGUGGCAGUGGUUCUGCGCGACCCGAACACUAUCCAACUGUCUUGAGACUACCAUCACUUCUGUCGCUAUUUACUAUUGGCCUUGGCAGGGUGCAGCAACAGCUAGCAAGGGUCGGACGCAUAUUGCACACCACGACCUCGGCUCCCUCUCAGAGUUGCGCCUGUCACUGCUGUUGGCAGCGCUUGCGUGUAUUCUCCGGCCCACCAAUGCACUCAUCUGGCUGUCCGUAUCCGUCCCAGCUCUAUGGCAAGCCUCACAUCGGCUGCGCUAUGUGUUGGUCCGUGAGAUCCUGAUUUGCGGCUCCGCCGUCCUGGUAUUGUCAGUCGCGACCGAUCGGCUCUAUUACAGGGUCUGGACUCUUCCGCCGCUUAGAUUUCUCUAUUUCAACAUCGCUCAAUCGUUAGCCGUCUUCUACGGGAGGAACCGCGGCGACUACUAUUUGACCGAAGGUUUGCCGUUGCUCCUCACGACAUCGUUGCCAUUUGCCGUUGUUGGCCUGUGGCAGUCGUUGAGGGGCUUAGAGCCACGUAGCCCAGCCAAAGACGACAGCCCGGGUAAUACAGCAGCUUCAGGUCAAGAUACUGCGGGCAGUCAGAUACUAAGCCGUCUGUCGUGGACGGUGAUCGUCAUGACUGCUACGCUGAGUUUGAUAUCGCACAAGGAAGUUCGCUUUCUGUACCCAAUCCUACCCUUCCUUCAUAUCAUCGCCGCCAGGCCACUCAGCAAGUUUUUACCUCCUCGCGCUGCGCUAUCGCACAAGGCAGUCGUCCUGUUCUUGCUUGCUGUAAACAUCCUGCUUGCAGGCUAUGCCUCUCAAGUUCACCAGCGUGGAGUCAUCGAUGUACUCGCCUAUCUCCGUCAUAAACAUGAAACGCGCAACAGCCUAUUACACAUUCAUGGCAAUAGCGAUAGUAACGUCGCUGCUGUGACCAAUACAACAGUCGGCUUCCUCAUGCCCUGCCACUCUACGCCCUGGCGCUCCCACAUCAUCUACCCUGAAAUCUCCGCAUGGGCUUUGACGUGCGAGCCGCCCAUCGACAUACCGCUCUCGCAGCGCUCAACCUAUCUCGACGAGGCGGAUGAGUUCUACAUCAAACCUGGCCCUGUAGCUUGGCUCCGAGCCAAUAUGGAAGAUGUACAGACGAUCAAGGCGAGUGGAAGUAGGUCUGGUCAGCAUUGGAUGCGCCAGGAUCCAAAGUUUAAACGCAAGUACCGGCGUGAGUGGCCGCAAAACCUAAUUUUCUUUAAGCAGUUGGAAGGGACGCUGAAGGAGUAUCUUGAGGGCACUAGGUACCAGGAGUGUUGGAGGGGUUUCAACAGCCACUUCCAUGAUGACUCGAGGAGGACUGGUGAUGUGGUUGUCUGGUGCUUGGAUGGCGUGUGA